UGCUGGUUAUAACUGCGAGUGAAUCGUCGAGUCGACGACUUACAGUCACCGUGACGGCUAGGGGAAACGCAGUCACAUCGAUGAACGCGAUCUGGUUUCAUGUCAGGGGCUGUAACGAAAUGACAGCAGAGUUUCGGCGAUAAGAAGACGUCGCUUUUUUCUGAUGAGAAUCCAGCUAGCAGUCCUGCUAGCAAGCAAGCUAAUGUUAGUCAGCCAGCCAAGUAUUGAGAAGUCAGUGGAAACAGGUUUUUUUGGGACGGAUACUUCCAAGUAACAAGUCUAUCUGGUUGAUGAGUAGUUAAUAUCAUAUGUGUCUUAAUUAAGUUAUCGCUUGGCGUAUAGAUCGGUUACUGUGACUUUGUCAAAUGUAUCUUUUCGUCAACCAAUGUUAGCUGGCUAACACCAGUAGGCAACCCUGGCACUGACGGAGGUUUCUGAUUGGUUGUGAUACCGUGAGAGCGACUUGUAGACGGGGACACGGAAGACCCCCCUCCCCUCCCGGUCCCCCUGAGUUAAGAGGACUUCGGUACAUCAAGACGAGUUCAGUCUAACAGCGAGUGUGGACUACUGAAGUCAGUGUCUUACGAGAGAAGACACGCGGCUAAAGCGCCGUUUCUCUCCGGGGAACCUUGGUGUUCCCAGAGCUAAGUCGAGUGUCUACGGGGUGUUCUACAAAGUGAGCCGGGGAGGGAUCCGGACAGAGACCCCAUGAAUGGAAAUCGGAACUACAGACCCCAUUCUUGAUCAACAUGCCAUUGGAGCGGUCCCGUCAAGUCCAGGAGCGGUUGGGGCGCAGGCCCUCUUCACCGUGCCGCGGCGGCCAGGCUAUGGCACCAUGGGCAAGCCCAUCAAGCUGCUGGCCAACUGCUUCCAGGUGGAGAUCCCCAAGAUGGACGUCUACCUCUACGAGGUGGACAUCAAGCCGGAGAAGUGCCCACGGAGGGUCAACAGGGAGGUGGUUGACUCCAUGGUGCAGCAUUUCAAGGUGACCAUCUUUGGGGAUCGACGGCCAGUGUACGAUGGGAAGAAGAGCCUCUACACAGCUAACCCACUGCCUGUGGCUCCAACAGGGGUGGAUCUGGACGUGACGCUGCCGGGGGAGGGGGGAAAGGACCGUCCGUUUAAGGUGUCCAUCCGGUUCGUGUCGCUGGUGAGCUGGCACCUGCUGCACGAGGUGCUGACGGGCCGCAGCAUGCCCGAGCCCCUGGAGCUGGACAAGCCCAUCAGCACCAACCCCGUGCACGCCGUCGACGUGGUGCUGCGCCACCUGCCCUCCAUGAAGUACACUCCGGUGGGCCGGUCCUUCUUCUCCGCUCCAGAGGGCUAUGACCACCCCCUGGGCGGGGGCAGGGAAGUGUGGUUCGGCUUCCAUCAGUCUGUCCGGCCAGCCAUGUGGAAGAUGAUGCUCAACAUAGACGUGUCCGCCACGGCCUUCUACAAAGCGCAGCCAGUCAUUCAGUUUAUGUGUGAAGUCCUGGACAUCCACAACAUAGAUGAGCAGCCUCGUCCCCUCACCGACUCGCACCGGGUCAAAUUCACCAAAGAAAUCAAGGGUCUUAAGGUUGAGGUGACGCACUGUGGAACGAUGCGGAGGAAGUACCGUGUGUGUAACGUAACCCGCCGACCAGCCAGCCACCAGACGUUUCCCCUGCAGUUGGAGAGCGGGCAGACGGUGGAGCGCACAGUGGCCCAGUACUUCAGAGAGAAGUACAAUCUGCAGCUCAAGUACCCCCACCUGCCCUGCUUACAGGUGGGGCAGGAGCAGAAGCACACCUACCUGCCCCUGGAGGUUUGUAACAUAGUAGCAGGUCAGCGCUGCAUUAAGAAACUGACCGAUAAUCAGACCUCCACCAUGAUCAAAGCCACGGCACGCUCUGCACCGGACAGACAGGAGGAGAUCAGCAGGCUGGUACGGAGUGCAAACUACGAGGCGGAUCCCUUCGUGCAGGAGUUCCAGUUUAAGGUCCGAGACGAGAUGGCCCACGUGACGGGGCGCGUCCUGCCGGCCCCCAUGCUGCAGUACGGCGGCAGGGUGAGCUCAGAGCCCUUUAUGCAGAUGACGGGUGUGGUGUCGUUGCAGAACCGCACGGUGGCCACGCCCAGCCACGGCGUCUGGGACAUGCGGGGGAAGCAGUUCCACACCGGCGUGGAGAUCAAGAUGUGGGCCAUCGCCUGCUUCGCCACCCAGCGGCAGUGCAGGGAGGAGAUCCUCAAGGGUUUCACCGACCAGCUGCGCAAGAUCUCCAAGGACGCGGGGAUGCCCAUCCAGGGCCAGCCGUGCUUCUGUAAGUACGCGCAGGGAGCGGACAGCGUGGAGCCCAUGUUCAGACACCUGAAGAACACCUACUCUGGCCUGCAGCUCAUCAUCGUCAUCCUGCCCGGCAAGACCCCCGUCUACGCGGAGGUGAAGCGGGUAGGGGACACCCUCUUGGGAAUGGCCACUCAGUGUGUUCAGGUGAAGAACGUGGUGAAGACGUCACCUCAGACCCUCUCCAACCUCUGCCUCAAGAUCAACGUCAAGCUGGGCGGCAUCAACAACAUCCUGGUGCCACACCAGCGGCCAUCAGUGUUCCAGCAGCCUGUGAUCUUCCUGGGGGCAGAUGUCACGCACCCACCUGCUGGGGAUGGGAAGAAGCCUUCUAUUGCAGCGGUGGUGGGCAGUAUGGACGCCCACCCCAGCCGGUACUGUGCCACGGUGCGGGUGCAGAGGCCCAGGCAGGAGGUGAUCCAGGACCUGGCCUCCAUGGUGCGCGAGCUGCUCAUUCAGUUCUACAAGUCCACGCGCUACAAGCCCACACGCAUCAUCUUCUACCGGGACGGGGUGUCCGAGGGACAGUUCAGACAGGUGCUUUAUUACGAGCUGCUGGCCAUUCGUGAGGCCUGUAUCAGCCUAGAGAAGGAGUACCAGCCCGGCAUCACCUACAUCGUGGUGCAGAAACGCCACCACACACGCCUCUUCUGCGCUGAUCGCAACGAGAGGGUUGGACGAAGUGGAAACAUUCCUGCUGGAACAACAGUGGAUACAGACAUCACACACCCUUAUGAGUUUGACUUUUACCUCUGCAGUCAUGCGGGAAUACAGGGCACGAGCCGGCCCUCCCACUACCACGUGCUGUGGGACGACAACUGCUUCACGGCGGACGAGUUCCAGCUGCUCACCUACCAGCUGUGCCACACCUACGUGCGCUGCACCCGCUCCGUCUCCAUCCCCGCGCCAGCCUACUACGCCCACCUGGUGGCCUUCCGCGCCCGCUACCACCUGGUGGACAAGGAGCACGACAGUGCUGAGGGCAGCCACGUGUCGGGUCAGAGUAACGGCCGGGACCCCCAGGCGCUGGCCAAAGCUGUGCAGAUCCACCAUGACACCCUGAGGACCAUGUACUUUGCCUGAGCAAGUGCACACACACACACACACAUGCACACAUACUUACAGUACAUGCAUACAUAUACAUGUUCAUACAUUAAUGCAUACUUGCGUACAUAUAUGCAUACAUACCACAUUUGGUGGCGCACACCUUUCUUCAUACACACCUACACACACACACACACACACCCACACAUCCUACCAAUCUGUGCAUCCCAGAGGGUCCACAUGAAGAGCCAGCCAGUGGAGCCUGACCUGGUCAGUCUGGACCCAGCCACUGUGUGGAAGAGAAGAGAUGGAAGGUGAUUGAGAGUGACAGAAGGAAGAAGAGAAGAACAGAAUCUAUGUAUGUAUGUAUGUAGUGUGAGAAGAGAGUGAUUGAGCAGGCCAGUGUUGAAGAG